AUGGACUUUAAGUCCACCAAUCAGUUGGAAAAACCACGUUUCAUCAUUAUUAGAUUCCAAACAAAAAGAAAAAAUGUUGAAUCGAAAAAUAUGAGCAGAUUUGACCACAUAACGUUGACAAAUUUAAAAGUUUAUUUAAACUCAGAAGUUUAUCCCUACGAUAACCUCGAUCUGGACUUUGACUCCAAUUAUUUUGCAAUCUUAUAUGAAAUGUAUGCGCAAUUGCAAAAAUCCUACUAUUAUCGUGAGCAAAGUGAACCAUGCUUCUAUCCUAUAAAUUUCAAACAAGAUACUCCUCUGGUAGUCAUUGAUUGCUCUCGGCAAGGUGAAGACAUCCUAAAAGGUGGUGCUGUUGAUAUUCGUGUAGAAUUUGAAACGAAAAAAGCGCUUCAAGCAAACACCACAGCUUACUGUUUGAUUCUCCACGAUCGACUAGUGAAAUACAAUCCCUUGACCAGACAGUGUGUGUACUUUAGAUCUCUAGCGAAAGUGAAUAAAGAAAAAAGAAAAUGUUCAUUCUAGACGUACAAGGUUUCCAGUUCAAAAACAGUGAUUUUGCUUGCAAGGAAAUUGCAAUCUUAAAUCAGGCAACUGGUCAGCUAUACCACCAUUUUAUAAAUUUACCAAUUCCGAGUAAAUGGUUCAGCGAAGACUUCAGGCGUCAAGUUCAGUGGACCACUCAAAACCUGCACGGACUGGAUUGGAACAGUUUUAAUUUUAGUUUUCUACCUUUGGAGAAUAUCGUAAAUUUUAUACAAGAAAUUGUUCAAAAUUUCACUGUUUUUGUCAAGGACUUCAAGAAAAAAGUAUGGCUCUGUAAUUUGAUAAAUAACCAUAUAGUCGAUAUGGAUAGCUUGGGAUGCCCAAAUUUUAAGAAGUUAAAAACUGUAUUGUUUCCAAAUUCACUACUUUCUAAUACACAUUCUAUCAAUAAUCUAUUUUGUACCAGAGAAAAUAUUUUUCUAUUGAAUAAUUGGUUUGUGAAUAAAAUACAUUAAAACAUAUUUUCAGUUUUUUUUUACGGUAUCAACAAUAACUGAG